AUGUUUUUUCAACGGGUUCUUGCCCUUCUCUCAUUCGCAGGGGCAUUUGCCGUUGCUCUCAGUUCUGCGGUUUCGGAUCCAGUCCCCGGCCUCAAGGAGCUGCUUUCGCCAGAUGCCGAGCUAUACAUUGCGGGAUCUCCAGAAUACGAGAUUGUAUUCAUGCGUUGGAGUGCGGCUGUUAGGCCAGAGUUCGAUGUCAUUGUCACGGUGAAAACAGAGAGCGAUGUUCAGAAAACAAUUCAAUAUGCAAAUGAACAAGGGAAACCGUUCCUUGCCAUAUCGGGCGGCCAUGGGACCUCGGUGAACCUCGGAAAAGUCCGCAAUGGCAUUGGCAUUCUGAUGACAGGAAUGAACCACGUCCAGAUUGUGGAUGAUGGUCAGGCAGCUGUGGUGGGAGGAGGCAUCUCGACGGGGCAGCUAACGCACAUAUUGUGGGAGAAUGGGAAACAGACGGUAACGCCAGGUUGUGACUGCGUUGGAUUCGUCUCACCGCUUAUCGGCGGCGGACAUGGCUGGCUUCAAGGACAGUACGGCCUUGCGACGGAUCAGCUCAUAUCUGCUCGGAUGGUGCUUGCAAAUGGUACGGCUAUUACAGUCUCCGAGGAAAGCUAUCCAGACCUUUUCUGGGGAAUUCGCGGUGCAGGCCACAACUUCGGAAUAUACACCGAGCUCAAGAUCAAGAUCUAUGAUCGGAGUCCGACCACCGAUCUCUGGACCGUGAUGACUUUGACCUAUACGCAGGAGAAGCUGGAAGACGUGUUCGCCAUUGGGAAUGAAUGGCUGGAGAGCUCCGAUCCCGACGUGCGAUUGACCCAGUACGGUCUCUUCUAUUUCAACCCCAGCCUUGAUGCAAACAAUCCGGUUUUCAACUUCUACAUCUACUGGCAAGGAAGUGAUAUCCCCAGCGAGUAUUCAGACCCGCUUCAGGCCCUUGGACCUUCAGCCGUCACUGUGAAUACUACGGAGCUGGGCGAUGUAAAUGCGCAUCUUGGAGCAAAAUAUGGCGGGGCUGCUUGUGCCAGAGGUUACUCUCGAGUGAUAUAUGCUAUAUCUCAGCAAUCGUGGUCCUUGGAGAAUAUGCGGGAGACCCUGAAUAUUUUCGGCAAACUCCCAGAGGAAUUCCGAAAUUCGGUCGUUCUCUUGGAAGGGUAUGCGUUGAACGGCGUACUGGCCAAACCAGAGGAGAGCACGGCGUAUCCGGACAGGCAAGGCCGAAUCUUGAUCGGUCCACUACUGACGUACGCGAACAAUGCAAGCUUGGACGCUACGGCAUUCGACUUCGGAAGUCGAAUGCGGUCUGCGCUGGUGGAUGGUACUGGGCAGCCGUUGUCGGCAUACGUGAAUUACGCUCAUGGCGAUGAAAGUGUGGAGGAGAUCUAUGGACAUGAGACUUGGCGGUUGGAGAGGUUGCGGAGUCUGAAGCAAGAGUAUGAUCCCGAUAACAAAUUCGGCUUCUUUGCGCCGAUCAGGUAG